AUGGCUUCUGAGAGUAUUUCUACUCAUAUUGGUACCAGUACUGUUGCUAGUAUUAGUGCUGCUGCUGCCAAUACUGCUACUAAUGAUAAAGGUACUACCACUGCUACCGAGUCUCCUCUUCUGUUUGCGGACGAUUUGAUUUUGGUCCAAGGCAUUCUACCUUAUGUUGGCGUUGGACAGUAUGCCUUUGUUGGACCAGUCAACAAACAGAUGAAUCAACUGUACAAAGAGUACUGCAAAAUUGAACUCAAGAAAAAUCCAAAAAAGCUACACGGUUACCCUGCAGAAAUCACCGACACUCUUUGCAGUGAAACAUUCUGUAACCUGCCCCGUGCAGAAUACUGGCUCAUGGACAAUUCCAGAAACAAGAAACCUGAUCCGGAUCAUGUUUGUACUGCCAUUGCCAAAAUUGGAAAUAUUAUGGUCAUGAAAUGGGCACGGCAACAAGGAUUCCGAUGGAGUGAGCGGACAUGUGCUGUAGCGGCUAGAAAUGGACAUUUUGAAUUACUCCAAUGGUUAAGAGAGAAUGGUUGUCCAUGGAAUGGAGGGACAUGUGCUCGUGCUGCUGAAGGUGGCCACUUGGAAAUCUUGAAGUGGGCUCGUGCAAAUGGUUGUACAUGGAAUGAUCAGACAUGUGCCUAUGCUGCUGGAAAUGGACAUUUGGAGAUUUUGAAGUGGGCUCGUGAAAAUGGUUGUCCAUGGAAUUAUCACACAUGUGCCGUUGCUGCUGGAAAUGGGCAUUUGGAAAUUUUAAAGUGGGCUCGCGCAAAUGGUUGUCAAUGGAAUGCAGAUACAUGUACUGAAGGUGCCAAAAAUGGUCAUUUGGAAAUUUUAAAGUGGGCUCGUGAAAAUGGUUGUCCGUGGGAUACAGGGACAUGCUCCAGCGCUGCUAAAAAUGGACAUUUGGAAGUUUUGAAGUGGUUGCACGCCAAUGAUUGUCCAUGGAAUGAACGGACAUGCCGUGCUGCUGCCGGCAAUGGCCAUUUGAAAAUUCUAAAGUGGGCUCGUGAAAAUGGUUGUCCAUGGAAUGCAAACACAUGUGAGGCUGCUGCUCAAGGUGGGCAUUUGGAAAUCCUAAAAUGGGCUCGUGAAAAUGAUUGUCCAUGGAAUGCCGCGACAUAUCAUUAUGCCCAAACGAAUAAACAAAGUGAAGUGCUCCAGUGGCUCCGUGACAAUGGAUGCCCUGGGGCUCUUGAAAAUGACACUAAUGUAUCAAUGUUUUUCAUGUAA